AUGUCAUCGAAGUACGCUCGGAAGAGGAAGGGCUUCGACGAGGACACUUCUGAAGAAGGUCAAAGGAUGCGAGAGCGUGGGGCCUCGCGAAAAGAUCGCUCUUCUUCUCGAUCUGUUUCACCACCUAAAUCCAAAAAAAGUCUGAUUGCUGUUUCUUAUUUAUAUAAAUAAAAUUUUCAGAGCCAAUAGAGAAGCGGAAGAAGAUCGCAGUGAGCCGUAAGUUUUUUGCUCUUAUUCUUAUUAUUAUUGCAAAGUAAUGUUAUAAAAAGGAAUUAGUGAUAAAAGAUACUUUUGUAUUCAGCUGGAAUAAAUAUAUUUCUAGUGAUAUAAGUAGAAAUGAUAGAAAUUUAAGCGAGGAAAGUUGUUUUCAGAGCGGACUCUAUGUCCAUCGAAGAAACGAACAAACUUCGUGCGUCACUUGGCCUCGCACCAUUAGAAGUUGAUGACACACCCAAGGUUAGAAAUAUAAUUUUGAUGCCAAAUAUCUCUUUUUAUUUAGGUUCGCGAUGCUGAAGAUGGGACAAACGAGCAAAUAAUCAAUGAAGAUGGCUUCGAGUUUCGGCACCGCAAGGCUGAGAACUUAGCAGAGAAGAAACGUGAACAGAGCGUUAAAGAGAAACUUGAGGUGAGAUAUUAUUUCUCUGAAAAUUGUUCAUGAAAAAGGUUCUAGGUGUCAAAAGCCAAGCGAGAAAUCUACGCAAAGGUUUUGAAAGAGAAGAAACUUGCUGAUGAUUCGGAUGAUGAGGGGUCGGCAUCUAAUUGGGUAGAAAGAAUGAGAAGGAAGGAAGAAGAGGAGAAGAGAAAAGCGGAAGAAAGAGCAAAAACUUUGGACGCGAUGGACGAAGAAAUAGAGGGGCAUGCGGUAGCAGAGGAAAAUAAGAACAAGAAGGCGGUUGGUGGUUCUAUUCACUGUCUGAGCAAUUUUCACGUUUAGAAAAAACCAAGAGGACCCAACGCUACUGCCGGGUUGAUAGUUGGACAUUCUCGCGAAGCUUUCGUGGAAGGCGCUGAACAUCAGAUUCUGGUCUUAGAAGACAAAGGUUCAUUUUUAUUCAUAUUUCCGUUUUCAACUCUAUUCGCAGGUGUUCUUGACGAGGGAGACGAAGUUCUGGUCAAUCCGAACCUCAUCGACAACGAAAGAACAGCUCGCAACGUCGAACUUCGCAAAAGAAAAGAUCCUUAUCGCAACUUUGACGAGGACGUUGACAAGGAUGGAAACGUGAAAGAUCUAUAAGUUUAUAUAUUUAAGUCUUUUUUUUCAGUUGAAAAGCUUCGGCGUUUUGGCGAAAUACGAUGAAGAGCUCGAAGGAGUUCAAAGAGAGAAAUUCCGACUGGAUGACAGGGGCGGCGUAGACAUGGAGCGAGAACAAAGGUAAACGAAUCAAUUGUAUUAUUAAAGUGAAAGAGAAUGAUUUUUCCAGAGAACUGGCAAUGAGGAAACAACUAGAAAUGGCUGGCAAAAAAUUGGUCAGUCUCGAUACUCCCAAGUAUCAGCUAGCCAGUGAAUUCUACACAGCGGUAAUCGAAAAUUGAUCUUUUUGGCUCAUCAAGUUUUAUUUUAGGAAGAAAUGAUAGCUUUUCGGAAGCCCAAGAAGGGAAACAAGGAGAAAAUGCGUAAAAGAACUAAAAUUCUCAAAGCUUCUGAUUUGGUUCCUGAUGAGCCCGCUGGAGAGUAAGUUUUUAUGUGCAAUAAGAUUUUUUCCCUUUGUAUGGUCUUGACUGCUUCAAUUGUGACAAUAUCAUAAUUUUCAUCUCUUCAGACGGAAUCUUGGUCGUCGACGUCAACGAGAUGCAGAUGAGGAUGAGGAAAUGCCUGAAAAUGGCAAAAAUAAAGUCAAAGUAGGCUUUUUUGUUUUUAAGCAUUUCAUUCCAAAUUAUUGCAAGUCACAAUCUCUCUGGAUGUUUCAGUCGGAGGAUGAAGAAGAUGGCGAAAUCAAGAAAGAGCCGCAGAACGACGGCGAAGACGAACCGCAAAACAAAAGCUGGAAAAAGGCUAUGCAUGGAAACGGCGUUGAUCUUGAGCGUCUGAGGAAGUUCAAAGAGCGAGCGGCACGAGAAAGCGAUGAGGAUAGCGAUGGUUUGUUUUAAAUUGGAAGACUAAAUGUGAAUCACAAAAAUGAGUCUCAAAAAAUAAAAUUAAUAAAACAGAUUGCUGUAAUGAAGAAGAACUAGGUUGAAGAUAAAAAAAUUACUCAUUGAAUGCAUCUUUUCCGCGCUUUUUAUAACAUAUUAAAAUGUUUUAUUGACACAGUUAAGAUUGGAAAUUCUGAGUUUUUGUCAUGCUGACGAAAAUCUAUCAUUGUGUUCAGGUAGAACUAUCUGGCCAGCUUAAAUUGAUUUUUCGAAAUUGAAAUUUGUUUGCAGACGAAAUGCAUGGAGGUGUUGAUCUGACUGGUGUGGUUAUUGACGACGACGCUCAAAAUGAACUGUAUUCUGUGUUGGAGAGGACCAGAAAAGUGAAAAGACUCGUUUCCGCCUCGAAUGGCGAUGACGAUGUCGGCAAAAAGGUUUUUUGUCCAGUACCAAAGAAAAAACAUGGUUUUUUUUUAAUUUUAUGAGAAUUUUUGAAUGAAAGUUACGAGAACUACUAGGAAUUAAAUAAAUUUUAUUUUUUGAUCGGAUUUGAUCACUGCAACUUGAAUACUUUUCAAGGUUCAAGAAAUGCUAAACUCGCACGGAGUGAAGAUGGAAGUGGACGACGAGGAUGAGGUUGAAGCUCCGCUGAAAGAUGGCGCUCUCUACAUCGAUUCGACUAUGGAGUAUUGCCGGAAUAUUGGUUCGUGAAUUUGUUAUAUAAGCCGUAUUUGAAUAAUUUUCUUGCUAUAGGAGAAAUUCCUACCUACGGACUGGCGGGUAACAGAGACGAUUCGAUUGAUGUCUCGGAAAUGAGAAAAGUAGAGGAUGUCAAGCAGGUGAAAGAAGAGGUCGAGGACGAGUCCGAAGGCUUCAAGUUUGUAGUUUUCCACUUCUUAACAAAAAUUCGGAUUGUUCAGACGAUGGAAAAGGGCUCAAGUCGAUCGAGAGCUUCGCAAGAAGCAAAAACGCGCCGAAGAGGACAGGUUAGUGCAAUUUCAGUAGUUUUGUUAGCAAUUGUUGUGUUUUUAGGGGCGGAUGGCUGGCCGCAGGAGAACCAAUGCCUGGAUCUUCUUCCGCCCGACUGGACAGCGAGGAUGAAGAAGAGCUCGAAAAGGCUAAGAAUAUGGUUGCCCUAGUCAAUUCAGCGAAUUUCAUAAUUGUACUUUGCAGGAAUGGUCGGAUGAUGACGAUGAGGAAGGGGCUCCUGAAUACGAAAACGUCCUCGGAAAAGAGGCUGACGUCUCCAAAGGCGUAGGUGCCAUGCUCAAGCUUGCUGCCCAGAAGGUUCUAUCAUAGUUUCAUUAAUCUUUACGAUGUUAUUUUAGGGAUACUUGACUGAUCCCAACGCGAAAAAGUACACUGGCCCGAAUUUGGACCACUUGAAAAAUCGUUCCAAGUCUCAAAUCGAUGCUGGAAAAUAGUGAGUUUUUUUUUGUCUAAUGUAUGAUUUCUGCAUCUCGGAUAAAGUAGUGACUGCUCUAGAGGAAAGGGAACUGAAAAACAUUUCUUCCCAGAUCAUUUUAUCGUUUAGUGAUAUCGAAGACAAGUACAUGAAAAAGUUGGAUCGCCUUGGAACGACUGGGCGUGGACCCAUUCAAGCUUUCCCAGAGAAGAAAGAUUAUAAUCCUGAGGUAUAUUUUUUUCAGGCCAUUGAAAUUCUGACACGAUUUACAGAUCACAAUUUGCUAUGUGGACAAAAAAGGACGGGAUAUGGAUGCAAAAGAUGCUUACAGAGAGCUUUCUUACAAGUAAAUAGUUCAAAGAUAACUGCCAUUCAUCAAUCUAUUUUAAAGAUUCCACGGUCGUAAUCCGGGUAAAAAGCAACUUGAGAAGCGUUCACACAAACGCGAAAAACAGGAACGUCUUCUUCAUGUUCGUUUUGUCCGUCAUGGAAAAUGAGAAUCUUGUCCAUUUUCAGACCAACAGUUAUGACACGCCCUUGGGAACGCUGAGCAAGCAACUGAAGAAGCAAAAGCAGCUUCAGACGCCUUAUUUGGUCCUCAGCGGCUCUACUGAUCAGUUAGUUUCUGUUUUUUGUCGUCAAAAUAUUUUUUUUUUCAGCUCAAGCCUGAAAAAGGAGUAA